CGGUGGCCAGGUGCUGCUUACGGCCGCAAACUUCGCACUUGUCGGUUUCAGGUUCAGGUUCGAACUACUGGGCUAUCCAGAACCAUAUCCAGAUCAGCGCUUUGCAAAGCUGCACUCCUAGCGAUUCACAACAGCGAUCCCUGUCAGAGAGCACUGGCACCUCAACAUCGCUACAGCGCCGUAACGAUCGCUAUUCAUCGCAACCAUGGCGCGAAUUCUCCUUCCCUUACUAUUGACUAACGCUGCCGCGCUCAAGCCGACGCGGCGCCUCUUUUUCAGCAACGCGGCCGCCGCCGCGUGCGGCGCCGCGCUGCCCGCGCGGGCCGACUCGGGCGUCCCAAUGGACCUGGGCCCGCUCGGUCUGCGCAACGGCGGGUCAGGGAAGCUCAAUAGCUGUCCGCCGCAGGGCAUCAAGCGCGCGUGCAUCAGCACGAGCAAGUUCGACACGGACCUCUACGUGCCGCCCUGGACGUACCAGUCCGCGAAACCGGACGGCCAGGGGGGCUAUGCCAUGACCGGCGGAGACAGCAAAUCCGUCGAGCAGGCGUUUUCGGAACUUGUCAACGCCGUCGCCGCGCAGCCCGGUGCGAACAUCGUCGAGAAGGGCACCAAGGCCGACGGGCGCUACCUGCGCGCCGAGUUUGUUGUCCCGAAGAGCCUGCCCUUCGGCAGCGACGAGAUCGACGACGUCGAGUUUUUGAUCGCGGCGCCGGGCCAGAGCGACCCCCCGAGCCUUGUGGACUACCACUCCGUGACGCGGGCCGGCGGCACGGCGGACAACAAGCGCCAUCGCGAGCGCAUCAAGGCCAUCCGCACGGACCUGCAGGACAAGGGCUGGAAGAGCGUCGGACGGCUCUUGCUUUGAGCCGACGUGUGACUAAUGUGUUUAGUUUC